AUGUAUUCCGAGAAACUACCAGAGGCUAUCGACCUUUCCCACCACCUCUCGGAGGUCUCCAAGGCCAGGGCGAUUUCUCCGUUGAAGGGCCUGCAGAAGUACAUGACCAAGCCGGGGUUGAUAACGAUGGCUGGAGGCACUCCUAGCCCCGAGUACUUUCCAUUCUCUACCGUCUCUGGAGAGACAUUGAUUCCCGAAUCGUUCCCGCUCACAACGCAGUCAUCGUCUUCAUUCUCAUGGUUCUGGAAAAUUUUCGGCGCUGGAGCAGGAAAGAAGGAAAAGACGACGUCCUUCACCAUCAACAAGUGGCCUGCUCACACCGGUGACCUCAACUUGGCUACCGCGUUGCAGUACAGUCCCGCCACAGGCCUCGCUGCACUCCAGAAGAUUAUACAGGAGUUCAGCCAGAAGGUCUACCAACCUAGUUACAAGAAUUUCACGACUUUGAUCGAUGCCGGUAACACUGACGGAUGGGGUAAGGCUGCAUUAACUCUCCUGAACCAGGGCGAUGGCGUUCUCUGUUCGGAGUGGACAUAUCCUAGCGCGUUGGCAGGCAUCAGACCAUGGGGUAUCAAGACCGUUCCAAUUGCUAUGGACGGACAGGGGAUGCGCAGCGACUCUCUUCGCGAGACGCUCGCCACUAACGGCACCCUCAGACCUCAUGUGAUGUACAUCAUCCCCGUGGGGCAGAACCCCACAGGCGCUACUAUGGAAGCGCAACGUAAGAAGGAAAUUUAUGACAUAUGUGUUGAAUUCGAUGUCAUCAUCGUCGAGGAUGACCCAUAUUAUUUCCUUCAGCAGAGUCCCUAUGUACCUAAGGAUCAGCGCGCAGACGAAGAUGCCUUCUCUCGGACAUCGACAGAAGAGAAAUUCAUCGCUCAACUGGCACCGAGUUUCUUGAAAUUUGAUUACCAAGGUCGAGUCAUCCGUCUUGAUACCUUUUCCAAGACCGUUGCGCCGGGAUGUCGUCUUGGUUGGUUCACUUGCAAUCCCCAGUUCGCUGAGCGCUUGGAGAGGGCUGGCGAGACAAGCACUCAGGCUCCGUGUGGUUUUGCCCAGGUCAUGGUCACCUCGCUCCUUCUCAACUGGCACUAUGAGGGAUACGUCCGCUGGCUGCGAGCACUUCGUCUGCAGUACCAAGAACGACGGGACGCCUUCAUCGACGCCUUAGCAGAUGCUUUCCAACUUGACAUGGCCAUUGAGAUCAACGGACAUCGCAAGGGCUCCCUCGUUUAUCACGCUUCUUUGAAGCCGGAACGUCAAUUCAGCGAGAAAUCGACCAUGAGGUAUUCGAAGCCUCUAUUUUCGUUUGUGCCCCCUUCGUCGGGGAUGUUUGUCUGGUUGAAACUUCACCUCGAGGAACAUCCGUCAUAUACGGCGGUUGGCUACAAGGCGUUGGAGUUCAAGCUCUGGACUGCGUUGGCGGACCAUGGCGUCUUGUUCGGUUUCGGAUCCAUGUUUUCAGCGUCUACGGUCACAGACGAGACGAAAGGAGAUGGUCAUUUCCGUAUUAGCUUUAGCUCGACCGAGCAUGACGACAUGAAGAAGGCCGUGUCAACGUUCGCCCUCGUCUUCAGGGAAUUUAUGAAAGAUUAG